AUGGGGCUCUGCUCAACCUCCAAGGUUAUUACUGCAGCAGAACGCAGUGAAAGGCCUCGUACAGUCAUCCAGGGAAACCGUGAAUGGGUUACAAUCAUUGAGACUGUGAGCUCAAAGGGGAUUCAUAUACCACCAGUGAUUAUCUUGAAAGCAGCAUCUCAACAGGCUGCUUGGUAUCAAGAACCUACACUUUCCAAAGACUGGUGGAUUGCAACUAGCGAGAAUGGCUGGACAACAGAUGAAAUAGGCCUUCGCUGGUUGAAAGAGGUGUUUGAACCAUAUUCCAGACGCUAUACAACUGGUGCAAAGCGGUUGCUUAUUCUUGAUGGCCAUAGUAGCCAUUUAACUGCAGAGUUUGAUACUUUCUGCAAGGAGAAUGCAAUUGUCUGUCUUUGCAUGCCUGCACAUGCCUCUCAUCUCCUGCAACCACUUGAUGUUGGUGUUUUUGGCCCGCUUAAGCGCGCGUACGGAAAACUGCUUGAAAAGAGAAUGAUUGCUGGCAACAACCAUAUUGACAAGGAAGACUUUCUAUCCCUAUAUCCAUCUGCUCGUGCAGAAGUGUUUACUCCAGACAAUAUAUGCAAAGGCUUUGCAGGAGCUGGACUUAAGCCACUUGAUAAAGAGCGGGUUCUUGCAAAGAUUACCUUUCAGCUUCGUACGCCAACACCACCAGCUUCAGUUGAAAGUUCAGUCUCCUCUGCUUUCAAACUCCUCAGAAUCCUCACCAGCUGGAUUACAAGCAGCCCAAUGUCUCAUAUUCAUCAUCUUGAAAAGGCCGCGCAGAUGGCAAUGAAUAUGAACCUUCUUCUUCGAGAUGAAAUUAGGACUCUACGAGCUGAGACUGAGCGGAAAACUCGAAAGAAGGCAAGAAGGCGUGCUAUUCUAGGUAAUGAUACCCUUUUAUCUGUACAAGAAGGCCAAAAUCGCAUUCAGCAGCUUGAUACGCAGCUUAAUGAGAAGCUUGAUGAGCCUACACCUAUGCCUCAACGGCGAGCUCCACAACGCUGCAGUGGCUGUGGGACUAUUGGACAUACCAUAAGGAAUUGUCCUAAUAAAUAG